GGCGGAGGAGGGAAGGUUUUAGUGUAGAAAAAACCUUUGACCUAAAGUUCGAAGCUGCUCAAUCCUCCGGAUUCUGGCUGUCUCUUCAGUGUGGUGGAUACGUUAGUACAAGAGAAUCCGUCCAGAGACACAUCACACACCCACCCCUUUCAAGGCUUAUGGAAUGCCUGACGCUGGGAGGAGAGAGCAGCAGAGAGAGGAGACACACGCUCAGGGUGACCAUUAUAGACCUUCGUGAGGGAGAAGAAGGACAAGGUAAAACAGUGACAGUGUGAUUUUCUCCUGAGAUAUGCCCAUUCUGAGAAAAGGGAACAGAGUCUCUCCCAGGGUCAACGGUUUCUUCCCAGCCCCCCUUAUCUGGGCCACUUGUGGUAUUGGAGGGGCUCAGGUUUUACUCAGGGAAGAGCUUUCCCAGGGAACAGAGACAAUUUCCAAGACCCUUGGGACUUGCUGGGGACUGAGCGGGCCAUGGAGGACCCAGGGGACAGGAUUGGCAUUUCCUACUCAGGGCCAGCCCUUUGGAGCCAGAGGUGUCAGAGGGAAGGGGGAAGUGCUGGUGUCUCAGGUGGGUGCUGUUCUCUGUCUCCCAUGGAAAGGAUGGGUUCAGGUCCCUGGGAACUGAAGGCCAGUGUUCCUGAAAAGCACAUAGAGGAAGUGGCCCAGAGAACUGGGUGGGACCCUGAAGAGUGAGUCCAUAUCUCAUGUGCUGGGGUCGGGGAGAGGGAGCUACUUUUAGAAGAGGGGUGCUGGGAUGGGGUCGCCUUUCCUUUGAGGGGAGCUGAGCUCACAGUGACUGAGUGUCAGGGGAGCUCUUCAAUUAUGAGACCGAUUUCCUUAAGCCCAAGUCUUUCCUCUCCUUGAAGAGACCCAGAGCCAGGAGCUCCCCCUCAGGCCCCCCAGGGGGUGUCCCUGGUUGCCCCUCUGGCUGUUUACCUCCCAUUUGGAGAUAAACAGGACCCUGUUGUCUCACUUUCCUGCACAGUGAGCAGCCGUCAGGACAAAGUCCCUUCUUAUCAGGAAACCACCACAAGCCACCAGCGUAUCCUGGGGAGUGACAAUUUCCAGGUGGGCCAUGUAGGGGCGGGAGUGUGGCUUGCUCUCUGUGCCCCCGAUGAUGUCGCCUGGAACAGAGCACCCCAGGGCUUGAACACAGAGAAUGCACAAGCUGGGUUAAAGUUGGGAGAGGCUUCUUUCGAAUGCAUCCUCCUCCUGUGAUCUGCCCAUCCUCCCUCUCUGGGGGCUCUGGUACCUGCUCUUCUUCCUCCAGGCACGGCAGCCAGCUCGGCCUCAGAUGCCAUGCCGUCGUGUUUCACCUCGGAUUUCCCCCACUCCCAUUCUGCACCUGCUCGACUCUCCUCUGCAACCGUGCAAGACAAGCUCUCCAGGUUCCUGUCUCAACCGUCUUCAUAGCCCCUUCCAGAUGGAAUGACCCCAACACUCACCAGCUUCACCUCUGGAGCAGAGGAGGAAGAGCAGCAGGGGGAGAGGAAGAUGAUGCAUCUUCUCAGAGAGGCCGUCCAGGACAGAGGUUCCCCCAGAGAUGCCCUCUGUUUUGCUGGAGACAAGGUUGAGUCCUGAACUCCUGAGUCUUGGCUUCAGGGAUGAGCUCUCAAGCCUGGUGCCUCAUCUGUGGUGGGAGAUGGAGGGAUCAUGUCUUUCCCAGAGAACCUUCUGGAACAUAAAGGCCUUCGCCUUGAGUAGGAAGCAGGAAAACAGAAGUCGUCCACAGUGUCAAGAUUUCACUGAGAGUUUGCUGGGGCUCAAGUGACCUGAGAGCGUAAUGGGGCUCAAAAUCUGGCAGGAGGAAGCACCAGCAGCAACUGACUGGGCAGACUUCCCAGGAAGAUGCAGCCACUCCUGCUCCUGGUGGUCCUUCUCCUGCCGCCCAGGGCUAGGGCAGGGCAGAUCAUCGGAGGCCAAGAGGCCAGGCCCCAUUCCCACCCUUACAUGGCAUAUCUUCAGAUCCCAACUCCACGUCCGAGAACUUGUGGGGGGUUCCUGGUGCGAGAAGACUUUGUGAUGACAGCAGCUCACUGUUUGGGAAGCCAAAUAAGUGUCAUCCUGGGGGCCCACAACGUCAGUAGGUCGGAAAGGACUCAGCAGCGCAUAUCGGUGCUCAGAGCCAUCCCCCACCCCGGGUACAAUCCGCAGAACAACGAGAAUGACAUCAUGUUACUGCAGCUGAGGAGCAGAGUCAGACGUAAUGAAGCUGUGAGGCCGGUGGCUCUGCCUCAGACCCAGAACAGGCUGAGUCCUGGGACCCUGUGCACCGUGGCCGGCUGGGGCCGUGUCGGCCUGGAGAGGAGAACAGACACUCUCCACGAUGUACAGAUCAGAGUGCAGAGGGGUGAGGAGUGCAGUAGACUCUUCAUGUUCUACACUGACCAAACACAGAUUUGUGUGGGCGACCCAAGAGAGAGGAAAUCCGUCUUCCUGGGGGACUCCGGGGGCCCCCUUGUGUGUAACAACGUGGCCCAGGGCAUCGUCUCCUACGUAAAUAAGAUGGGGACUCCUCCAGCAGUCUUCACCAGGAUUUCCAGCUUCCUGCCCUGGAUACGGAGAACGAUGAGACGCUUCAAAGAGUGGGGGCUGGAGUGACACGCCCUGUCACUGACUCCCCUUCUCUGGGGCAGAGCCCAGAUCCAGGGCGGUUCCCAGAGCCUUAAUAAACAUCCACAUCUAGAGUGGAAAUAACCGAUUUCUCAUUUGUUCAUUA